UGUUCAUCAGCCAAAACCAAGACGUAUAAAGUCCCUUAACCACUUUGGUUUCCCAGUACCGGUCUUCAAAUACCCAGUUUAUAUGGAUCAUGCGGAAUGUUUGUUCAGAUAACAAGAACUUGUGUCUGAGGGUAAAUAACCAUCAUCUGACACGGACAGACUUCUUAAAAUCAAACGCUGGCUGUGGUGAUAGUUGUGUACCACAUCUGAUCAACAUGUUACGUGUAGUUAUUCUGUUAACAAUCCUCACAACAAACAGUGGCCUUGACAAUGGUCUGGCGCUAACCCCGCCAAUGGGGUGGAUGUCAUGGCAACGCUUUAGAUGUAACAUCGACUGUGAUGUGGAUCCGGAAAAUUGCAUUAGAGAGGGCCUGUACAAGGAGAUGGCGGACCGCGUGGUGUCUGACGGUUACCGAGACGCGGGUUACGAGUACAUCAGCGUGGACGACUGCUGGAGCACACACGAGAGAGACAGCGGGGGGAACCUGCAGGCAGACCCACACAGAUUCCCUAGUGGAAUAAGGGAACUAUCCAGAUACGUACACUCCAAAGGCCUGAAGCUCGGCCUGUAUGGCGACAUCGGCAGAACGACCUGCAAGUUGUACCCGGGAAACGAGCUGCACCUACGUCGCGACGCUAACACGUUCGCCGAGUGGGAGAUAGACUAUCUCAAAGUAGAUGGGUGCCACGCUGAUACCAACGAUUUUAGCAUCAGCUACCCACUGUUCGGGCACUGGCUGAAUGAAACCGGAAGACCCAUUCUUUAUUCUUGCAGUUGGCCAUUCUUCAUGAACAUCAAACACGAAACGCCCAACUACAUGCACGUUGCCAAGUCUUGUAACAUAUGGCGCAGCUACUACGACAUCCAGGACAGUUGGGAAAACGUCCAGUCCAUUAUCCAGUAUCAAGCCAACAUCACCGACACUGUUCAACCAGCAGUAGGACCUGGUCACUUCAACGAUCCGGACAUGCUGGUGAUUGGCAACUUUGGACUAAGCUAUGACCAGGAACAGGUCCACAUGGCUCUAUGGGCUAUCAUGGCGGCGCCACUGAUCAUGUCCAAUGAUCUGCGACACAUGAGAGACGAAUCGAAGGCCAUCCUACAAAACAAGAUGGCCAUUGCAGUUAAUCAAGACCCACUGGGAAGACAAGGGCAGAGGAUUUACAAGAAUAAAAAGUCUGAGAUUUGGACACGACAGUUAAAAGAUGACAAUGUCGCCAUAGCUGUCAUCAAUUUAGACGAUGGAGGGUGUCCUGCCAUGAUCCACACAACGCUGGCAGGACUCGGCUUGAACGGCGAGGGUGGAUACAACGUCACUGACGUCUUCAACAAGAAGCCAGUUAAAUCUUACACUCAGACAGACACGGUCACCUUCAGGCCAAAUCCUUCUGGGGUGGAAUUUGUCGUAGCCUCGCCUCUCCCCUACACGACACACACAUCGACAGCGUCACCUACGUUAUUCCUGUAUUCACCUACACAGAGCGUGGUGAUGGCAUUGUCUUUGAUUAGUAUGAUGGCAUAGUUCAUAUUGACAUCAUGAUGUCACAAAUACAUAUCUUUCUGUUCAACAUAAUACACCAGUCUGGCACAAAUUGAUGUAAGACUUGUCUUAUUGGGGAAAUAAAGGCAUCGGCCAUGGUUUUGCGACUAUUUUUGAUGAAUUAGAGAACAAAUAAAAUAAAAUAUAUGAAAUAAAAUAACCGGUUAAUGCCUUAUAGAUUUAUCCUGACCAGGUCGAAUGGCGAAUGGUCCGUUCUGAAGA